CGUCCCUGGUGUCUGAAAUUUGGGAUUUCCACAGUUGUUUAUUUACGCUAUGCUACAGGCUUUUGCAUUUAGUUUGUAUUAGACCAUGAUGACCAGUGUAUCUUCUAUCAGAUAAAUGGCACAUCAUCAUCAUCAUCAUCAUCAUCAUCAUCAUCAUCAUAGGACUGGUGAUAUCUACAGAAAAAGUGUCUCUGUUCCAAAGGACACACCAAAGGUGAAGGGCUAUGACUUCAACCAGGGUGUGGACCACAGAGCCCUGCUGCAGUCCUUCCUUCACACAGGCUUCCAGGCUACUCGCUUUGGUUUAGCAGUCCAAGAGAUCAACAACAUGAUAAAGAAACGCCAAGAGCCAGUGAAGCAAGUCAGUGGAAUAGUUGAAGAUCCAUCAACCUGCCCCUGUCUCAUGAACUGCACCAUCUUUCUGAGUUACACCUCCAACAUGAUCACCAGUGGAGUUAGGGAGACCAUCCGCUACCUUGCAGAACACCGAAUGGUGGAUGUUUUACUGACCACAGCUGGAGGUAUCGAAGAGGACCUGAUCAAGUGUCUGGGUCCGGCUUAUAUCGGAGAGUUUUCCAUGUCUGGAAAAGAUCUGUACAAGAAAGGACUUAACAGGGGUGGGAACACGCUGGUACCAGAUGAAAACUAUGAAAAAUUUGACAAAUGGAUCAUGCCAAUUUUGGAGCAGAUGCUUCUGGAGCAGAAUACUCAGGGCGUUCACUGGACUCCGUCGAAGGUGAUUCAUCGUCUUGGAAAGGAGAUCAACAACCCUGAGUCUGUCUACUACUGGGCCUAUAAGAAUAACAUCCCAGUAUUUAGUCCUGCUCUGACAGACGGAGCGAUGGGAGACGUGUUUUUCCUCUUCUCAAGAAAGAACCCUGGCUUGAUUUUGGAUGUAAUCGAGGAUUUUACAAAGCUGAACAAGAUCUCAUUUGCUGCCAACAACACAGGGAUGAUCGCUUUAGGAGGAGGUGUACCUAAACACCACAUGUGCAAUGCUAAUGCCUGGCGGGAUGGAGCUGACUAUGUCGUAUAUGUGAACACAGCCCAGGAGUAUGAUGGGAGUGACUCUGGAGCCAGACCUGAUGAGGCUGUGUCCUGGGGCAAAAUUAAUACAGAGGCAAAACCUGUGAAGGUGUUUGGAGAUGCCACCAUUAUAUUCCCUUUGUUAGUGGCGGAGACCUUCGCAGCUCAAGCAGGAAAAGUUUAAGACAAGGCUUUGUUUCACGACUUUGAGUGCAGCAAAAAAAUUCUGUGUAAUGGUGAACUUUUUGACCAUUCUCUAAAAAAACAUGAAGUGGUGAAAGGCAACGUGAUAUCAUGACUCAUGUAAAUAUACAUGCCACUUGGUGUGAUAUCUGGACGCAUUAUAAGCUUUCUGUGUGUAUGUUCACGCCGUUAUUAGCCCCCUG